GGUGGUCGCCCGGGUUACCAGGAGGCGGAGCCGCCGAGGCUGCUGUGGGCCGGAUGUCCGGGCGCUGCUACCGUGGCGGCUGAUCCCGGACCUCCUUCGGAGAGACCAGCAAGCGGCCAAUGGCUGUCGAUAUUCAACCAGCCUGCCUUGGACUUUACUGUGGGAAGACCCUAUUAUUUAAAAAUGGUUCAACUGAAAUAUAUGGAGAAUGUGGGGUGUGUCCAAGAGGACAGAGAACAAAUGCACAGAAAUACUGUCAGCCAUGCACAGAGUCUCCAGAACUUUAUGAUUGGCUGUAUCUUGGAUUUAUGGCUAUGCUUCCUCUUGUUUUACAUUGGUUCUUCAUCGAAUGGUAUUCAGGGAAAAAGAGUUCCAGCGCACUUUUCCAGCACGUCACUGCGCUAUUCGAAUGCACCCUGGCAGCUCUUACCACCUUACUUGUGAGCGACCCCGUCGGUGUCCUUUACAUCCGCUCCUGCCGAGUCCUGAUGCUCUCCGAUUGGUACACCAUGCUUUACAACCCGAGUCCCGACUACAUCACCACGGUGCACUGCACACAUGAAGCCGUUUACCCACUAUAUACCAUUGUAUUUAUCUAUUAUGCAUUCUGCUUGGUAUUGAUGAUGCUGCUCCGACCACUUCUGGUAAAGAAGAUUGCCUGUGGGUUAGGAAAGUCUGAUCGAUUUAAAAGUAUUUAUGCUGCACUGUACUUCUUCCCAAUUUUAACUGUGCUUCAGGCAGUUGGCGGAGGCCUUUUAUAUUAUGCCUUUCCAUACAUUAUAUUAGUAUUAUCUUUGGUUACUCUGGCUGUGUACAUGUCAGCUUCUGAAAUAGAGAACUGCUAUGAUCUUCUGGUGAGAAAGAAAAGACUUAUUGUUCUCUUCAGCCACUGGUUACUUCACGCCUAUGGAAUAAUAUCCAUUUCCAGAGUGGAUAAACUCGAGCAGGAUUUACCCCUUUUGGCUUUGGUACCUACACCAGCUCUUUUUUACUUGUUCACGGCAAAAUUUACUGAGCCUUCACGGAUACUCUCCGAAGGAGCCAACGGACACUAAAUGUAAAAUACCAAAAAACCUAAAAAGUGUUCUUAGUAAAAAAAAAAAUAUAUAAAAUGCAUUAAUAUUCUUCUGUUGUACCUGGAAGAAAGAUUAGGGGUUUUUGGACUUUUUUUUCUGCUUUUGACUUAACAGACUUUAUGGUUAGAGUUGGAAAAUACAAAAUGCAGUAGUAGCCUGUUACAUUAAAUAUAUACUUUAGCAUUCUAUGACACUAGGAGCAUGUUAGGAAGCACUUGCCUCCUCAACAAUUUAGUUAUUCUUUAGAACAAAAUCAUGUUUCUCUAUAUCUUGGUAAGUAUAAUCUGAAAUCCUAAGCAUUGGCCUAAUUGUGCAUGUCUGUUUAUUUCAAUUUGUUUUUCAAGUAUAAUGAAUUAUAAGGACAAACAUACCUUGUGGUUCUGAUAGCAAAUAUGAAAAUGAAGUAUGUUGUUUAUUGUUAUUUAUUUUUACCACUACAGUAUUUUGAUUAUAAAAAUAGAGGAUAAUUUAUAUAACAAGUUUUCUUUUUAUGGGUAGUUUGGUUGAAGACAUCUUCUGAUGAUUGUUUCUGUUAAGAAAAACAAUAAAAUGCUUAACUACAAAAAAUCUCAGAUGUUGACAUUUAAUUGUAUUUUGCCACACUACUUGUGGAAAUAAUUCAGACUUAAGUAGUCCAAAUGAAUAAAUACAUGUAUUCACAUAG